AUGCACAGAUUGUCCUUCCAUCGCGCACUUCUUUUUAUUUUCUCUUUCGCCACCAUUGCCGCCGCCGCUCCUGUCGAUGCGCUGUCGGUGAAAGCUUCCUGCAAAACCAUCACCCCCAUCAAUAUCGUCAUCUUCUUUGUUACCAACUAUAUCAGCCAUGCCAUGACUGUCCCCUCCACCGCUGGAAUGAUGAAGUCGCUUUUGUUGCUGUACCGCUACGCUAAGUGUCAUGAUACGGAUCUGGAGAAGACCCUCGCUCGAGGUGCUAUACUUUUUGUAAAGAGAAGCCAGAGCUGGGAACCUCAGGCUGACAAAGAGGAAGAGGUCUGUAUCAGGGUCAACAAGGGACUGUCAUACUUAUCGAAAGAAGAAUUUUUCCAGUUCGACCAGGAAAGUGAAAUAAUUCAAGAUGCACACAUCGAGAUCAGGGAUAGGAAAUACGAUUAUCAAGAGCGUCGCAUGUGGCAUCCCGCACUAUUAGCCUUGUAUAGAGGAGACGCUGACACUCAACCAGACACAAAACACCUCGACAUUCAUGGUAGCUUGCCAGUGCGCGAUCUUCCUCCAGGCUACGAGCUAGCUUUUGCCGACCUUAGGGAUCAAAGACACCUGGACUUGAGUGGUGACACCACCAUAACAUGUAACAAGACCAGCUGGAUCAAGGUUGUCAUCUCCAUUGCACAAAUUAUGUUUGCGUCUUUCACCCUAUACCAAGCUGCUGAAAAUCAAGUAGAUGUUUUUGGCUAUGCUGCAUACGGACUAUCCGUCAUACCUUAUUUGAUGCAGUCGGUUGUCAACCUCUUUACCGGGUACUUCACUGGAGAGUAUCCGUGUGCGUUUGUCAUCAAGACUUCUAUAUUGGCAGAAGCUAUUGGUCGAAUGGGACCCGAGAAGGCAAAGAAGUUUUCGGGCGAGGUCGGCACGCCGAAGGAGCCGAAAGAUACAGAACUCGCAGAGUAUUCGUUUAUGGUCAAGAUGAAAGCAGUCAGAGAAGAAGGCGUCAAGCGCGUAGUCAUCACGGACCCGAUGGAUGCGCGGAAUAGUAUCUCAGUGUUGAAUGUUGAUAAGUGGGUCUGA